AUGAUUCCCUUUCAUAGGGAGUCCUUUGAUAGGAGCGAUUUUGCUUUGAAAUUGAAAAAAACUAAUUGUCCAUUGGAGACUUCCCACACCCAAUACGCCAGAUACGAGGGCAGGUUUUACAGCUUGUUCAAUUAUUCACAGUUUGGUUCAGGCAUUAUCGAGGGACCAAAAAAAGAUUCAAGGUUAGCUGAGGGAGUCAGUGCAUCAAAGGAUUGCUUUCUAAAUUACACAAAAGCAGGGGAGCCACUCGCCUUCUACAACCCGCGCGAGGGGUUAGGGGAUUUGUUGACACAGAAAGGUGACAACAACAACAGGUUCAGUGUCAAGGUCGAGGGGCGGUAUCUCAUUAGCGUCAAUAUAAGUCUAGUUGACUACAACGAGUUGUCAGUCAGCAGACGACAGUAUAUUGGUCUGACCAUAAAUGGCCGCGUCGUCAUGACGUGCUACAACAACACCUUCCGGUGCGGUACCAACCGCGACGACUCCAAGAAAUACAAAAUCUGCAACAUGAUAGGUGUUUUUAUCCUGAUCACCAACGACCAACUACAACUACAGACAAUGGAGCCCAACAUUUCUAUUCGGUUAGAGGAUCAUAGGACCUCACAGUUUAUAGCUAUUCGUUUAUAAAUUACUAACUGUGUUACCCUCUUUAUAAAUAACAGUUUUUUGUUCUAUGUAUAUAAAUUACAACUUAUUUUCAUCCAUAAUUAAAUCAAAAUUCAUUGCUUCCCAGAAAAUAAAUCUGAAUAAAAAUGUUGCUGUUU